GAUCCUGGUCCUGGACCUGCUGGCUGUGUUCUCCCAUUCCUCUUUGGGUACAGGGGUGGGAGGGGUGCUCAGGAAUUAGGGGUCAGGACCCAAUCUGCCCCUCCCAAACUUUUGAAAGUCCAUCAUACUUUUUUAUUUUUAUACAACUUUAUCGAUCAGGACUGGAAUGAGUUGUUAUGAGUUGGAUAGGUCAUAGAGAUUGAUAAAUGUCCCAGCAUCCUUUGCUCCACAGCUACAGAAACCUAUCAAUAUUUGUGGGGAACAUUUGUCCUCAAAUCUGGGAAGGGAGGGUUUUCCUGUAGCUGCCUACAGGAAAUACCUGUGUUUGUUUUAUCUAAGAGCUCUCCUGGCUGGACUGCCCCCUACUGUUUAAAUCUGAUACUGCAAAUAACAUCCUUUCAGGCAUCUAGUGUAGUCUUCUCAACCUCGUUUCUCCAGAGAUAAUCUGUCAUGUGUAUUGCAAUAGGUGUGAAAUGGAUCCUGUUUCUGUUGUGCUCUAUUAACUGUCUGUCUGAGGUAAGAUUCACUGUAGGAGUGACUCUGCUGUAAUCUGAAUUGCAAUUUCCUUUAUUGGAGAAGUUGGAAGUCUUAUAGCUGAUACUUGCCUUCCUUACCUUCCUGUCAGCGUUGUGUCUGAAUUGUUUGUGGAGCACUGGCUCCAACCCUCCAGCAGAAAAUGGCCCCAGUGUGUUAUCUGGGGUAGCCAGGCAGAACUUCCAGGACGGUGCCUUGCGUGUCAGCCCCCUUUGAGCCAAGAUGGUUCCCCCAGGAGUGAACAUGACCUUGAACUUGUCCCUGCCUCAGGACUGCCUCAACUGCACCCAGCCCUCCACCCCGGAGCUUGAUGUCACCAAGGCGGUGAUGCUGGUGCUGGUGAUGGCUGCCUUUCUUGUUUUUGGGGUGAUGGGCAAUAUCCUGGUGAUCCUUUCAGUGGCUUGCCACCGGCACCUGCGCACGCCAACCCACUACUUAGUGGCUAACCUAGGGGCGGCCGACCUGCUGCUGAGCCUGGCGGUGGUGCCGUUCUCCGCCAUCUUCGAGAUGCUGGGCCGCUGGGUGUUCGGCCGGGUGCUGUGCAAUGCCUGGGCCGCGCUGGACGUGCUGUGCUGCACCGCCUCCAUCAUGAGCCUGUGCGCCAUCUCGGUGGACCGCUGCAUCGCCGUCACCUACCCGCUGCGCUACCCCGCCAUGGUGACGCACCGCCGGGGGCUGCUGGCAGUGGUGGCGGUGUGGGGCUUCUCCGGGGUCAUCUCCGUGGCGCCGCUCUUCGGCUGGAAGGAGCCCGACCCGGAGGACGAGUCCAUCUGCGAGAUCACCCAGGAGCCGGGCUACACCAUCUUCUCGGCCGUGGGCUCCUUCUACAUCCCGCUGGCCGUCAUCUUGGCCAUGUACUGCCGCGUGUACGCCGUGGCCCGUCGCGAGCUGCGGGGGCUCCGGGUGGGCUGCAAGACGGACCCGUCCGACCCCGACGGCGUGACGCUCAGGAUCCACCGUGGCCAUUCGGCCCCUAGCCAGGAGGAGGGGGGCCCCGGCGAGGAGGCCCAGUCCAACCGAGCCCACUUCACCCUCCGCCUGCGCAAGCUGUCCCACGAGAAGAAGGCCGCCAAGACCCUGAGCAUAGUGGUGGGCUGCUUUGUGCUCUGCUGGCUCCCCUUCUUCCUGGUGCUGCCCAUCGGUGCUAUAUUCCCGUCCAUCAGACCCUCAGAUGCUGUGUUUAAAAUCACUUUCUGGCUGGGCUACUUCAACAGCUGCAUCAACCCCAUGAUCUACCCCUGCUUCAGCAAGGAGUUUAAGAGGGCCUUCCAGAACCUUCUGCGUCCCCGCUGCCUGAAGCGCAAGGCCCCCGGCCCGGCGAAGCUGCACCCAGAGGGCCGGUACCCUCCUGCCUCCAGCGGCAUGCCCCCUAAAUCCCGGGCCGCCCAGCCCGUCCCCUCCCCGCCGCGCCCGUCCUACACACGCUGGGGGGUGUUCCUGGGCCCCCGCCCCUCUCGGGCGCGCGGGUGUGGUAAGGGCCUGCUGCGGGCGUGCUGCCUGGCCCAGGAGGAGCCCCUCGCUGCCCCCUGCCCGCCGCCCGGUGACGCCCACGCCCUGCCCGUCCUCAAGGUGCACCAAAUGUCCGUGUGCCAGGACGGGGACGCCGUGUGACAGGCUCCGGCUCAGCUCCUCCCCCUUUCAGCACGGAGAGACCACGCCCACUUCAGCAGCGGGGGCGGGGCUGGAAAAACACUGCAAUGACAUACGGAUCUGCAGGACUUUCACAUUUACAUUACACUCCAUUACAAUACCUUGCAGAGGCUCUUACCCAAAGCAACAUGCAGCAGUGGAGAACACCAGUGUGACUCUCAGGAAUACAAAGAUACAGCAUCACCAAGAAAGCACAGAGGCCCGAUUAUGAGUGUAAUGUUAACCUAACAACCAACUAUUUGCAUUGCAGCUGAAGGAAGUACAACUAGACAGAAACUUUACAUGGCUGUCGCUGUAACAUAAUUCAAAAAGGUAAUUACAAAAAAACUGAGAAAAACAAAGGCUAAAGGGCCAUGUUUUCUGAGAGCGUGACGCCCGUAACUACUCACAUGCACUGUGAGGUCCCUCCAGCCUUGAUGACAGAAAGGGACUCUGGGAUGUCUCUAAUAUCGCAUUUCUGUAGGUGGGGAGCCACAGGUUGGACUGAUGUGGAGGGCUCAGGGGCGGGGUUGUGGUAAUGUGACGCAUAUUGUUCUGUCUGUCCUGUUUGAUGAGAUAUACUUGCGAAACUGCUUCAUAAUUGCAUGCGGGGGAAAACUAGAAAUGUGUUAAAAGAAAUAAAGGUAAAUAUUUUUAAAAACCAUUUUAUUACAACAAAUGGCAGGAGUCAUGCCAGAGUACAGCACACACAGGGUAUUAUCGUGGUCUGGUGCAUUUGUGUUUGUGUAUGCUUGCAUUACUGAACAUUAAAUUGUCAUGUUUAUGAAUUCAAUGAGCAGCCUGGACCCCACACCUAUAGGAAAGCCAUAGAAUAAAGGUAAAAUUAGCCAGGUGAAAAAUCGAGCAGCUUGGUAUCAGCUCAGGCAGCCAAGGGGUGACAGGUGAUAUUGUGUGCUACUGUGUAAAGUGUCUUUGUGACAGUUCUCUGUAAAAAAACGCUUUACAAAUAAAAUUGAAUUGA